ACCCUUAUUCUUGUUUUCGUACGAAUAGAAAACGUUCGAAAGUAUGCCUCAUUCGUAUCCUUGGUUUCGUACGAAAGAAAUCUAUCCAUUCGAACUUUCGAACAUCGUUCGUUCGAACGAAUUGUCCUAUCCUUGUUUUCGUACGAAAGUGUUUUUUCGCCUGUCAGUCAAACGUUAAUGUUGGGUUGCGAAUCAGACGAAGCGUAGAAGAAAAUUCAAUCGAUGUUUACGUUUUUGUGGUUUAUUCAGGUGAUGUGGUAUGUAAAAGUUCAUUUUCUUUUAUGUUUAAUUCUGAAAUUCUAUGUGAUGUGCUUUAAUGUUUAUUUGAAUUACAGUGAAAAAUUGCUGUAGAAGCAGAAAGAAAGACAUUUCCAAUAGAAUAUUUCAACUCUAAAACCUAGACGAAACAGAACCUGGAUAGAACAAUGUCGAAACCAUCGAAAUCCAAAAGCACAAACAAGGAUCAAUACAGCCGACUGGUUGAUCUCUUGGAAGAGCAGCCGGAUAUCGCGAAGGGUUUCGCGAAAUGCAAUGCUUCUCCCUACUGGAAUUCUGUGGCAGCCGAGUUGAACAGUCUUGGGCCACCAACUAAAGAUUCAACUGCGUGGAAAAAGGUCUGGUUCGAUUGGAAAUCGAACACGAAACGCAAGCUAGCCCACAACCGUCGCGAGCAAUUUGCUACAGGUGGGGGUCCUAGUAAGUUUAUUGAACUUACUGCGCUGGAGGAACGAGUUGUUGUUCUUGCAGGACUUGCUCCAGCAGUUGAGGGCAUAGCCGACACUUGCAGUUUCGGGCUAGAACCUAGCGCAAAUCAAUCAAUUCAUGACAGUGGGGAAUCUGCGUCGAUUGAAGAUAAUCGAAUUCCGGAGGAUAGAGCUAAUGAGAAUAAUGAGACGCAUACAUCGAAGAAGAGGAGGACAUCAAUGCACACAUUGCUGGAGACACAAGUGCAAAACCAAGCAACGUUUCAUGACUCGGUCACCAAUAUUCUAAAAUGCUUUGAAAAAAAAACUGCUGAUUUGGUUCAUUAUAACAGACAGAUUUCGAAACAGUUAGAGAACAUAAACGAAACUAUCAACAAUGUGCUGAUGGAAAAUCAGAGGCACAAUCUGGAAUUAGAGAGAAUUAAUCUGGAAAAACUGAAAAUUAAAAAAAGGAUUCUUGAGAUGGAAUUAAGCCGUCUACAAUAGACAUUUCGAUUUUAAAACAAAUGUGAAUGUAAUGUAAUGUGAAUGCUAAGCUAUGUUGUAAUUUAAUGACAUGAAUUUUAAAAGUAUAUAUUGUAAUGUGAAUAUAUUACAUUUUCGAAUGUAAUAGUUAAAAACUACUCGAAAAAUUAGAAGUGCGAUAUCGAAAAUUUAAAUAAGGUUGUACCUUCGUGAGAAAUUAUCACAUGCAAAUAAAAAAUACAUAAUUUCAAAACUACAUUUAUGUAAGGUCUACUUAUUGCUUUGAUAAAUAUAAAAUUCGAACACCAAUCUUUCAGAGUACCAAAAAUCGAUUCUUUGUAGUGUCUUAUAAAAUAUACAAGUACUAGUGUUUGUUAUAAUUUUUAAUAAGAUGCUGAAGAUUUCAUUUUGAUUCGUGUCGCCGUUAUGGUUUUCUGAUUGUUCAAAGCUUUGAUAGCAUUAGUGACGAACCUGAUCGAGUUAAAACUACACAGUUCGAUUGACAAACUAAGAAUCAUUUUUAUUUCCUGUCUGAGCUAUAAAGAUACAGUUCACUUUUCAAUGCUACUUAUAUUAAACAAAGUGGCCUAUUGUCCUAGAUCGGUCAAGUCAAUGAACAACAACACACGUUAAAUAAGUAAUGCUAACAUCAACAUGUGAGAUAUCACGUCACUGACUAGGUGGUAGUUGGUGACUCGGUGCAUGUUUGUGGUCCAACUUGUUAAUGUUUUCAACAUGUGAUACGUUAUGGCGCUGGUACAAGAAUGUAGGUGGUCAGGAUCGUUGCUACUGUUGUUUAAGUUCUACCUGAGUAUUCGUAUAGAAAAUGAAAACAGAAAAACAUUGUAUUUGGAUCAAAUAUUGUUUUUGGUGGGUGCCGCGUUUGCUGACAAAAACAGCGGCGAGUUGAUGAUUCAAUAGUCGGUUUGGCAUUGUUGAAGCGAAAUUGAGUUGACUUCGUUCUACGUUUUGUGACAAUGGAUGAAACGUGGAUCCAAUCCCACACUCCUGAGUCCAAUAGGCAGUCUGCAGAGUGGUUGAGAAAUUUAUUUAUAUAUCCCAUACUAUAAUGCCGGGUGUUCGGGUUCGAUUCCCGUUCUGGCCGGGGGAUUUUUCGUCAAAGAAAAUUCUUCCGGUUUGCUGUGGUCACGCGUAUUCUAGAGCUUGCCACUCCAGAGUACAUUCAAGGCGUGUUAUUCGGCAUAGAAAUCUCAACCAAGUAUUAAUGAAUGACCCUAGUUAAUGCAUACGUUGAGACGGCAAAAGUUCCACAGCGAACGUUAACGCCAUUCAAGAAUAUCAUAAAACCGAUGUUUGUUUUAUCGAAUUACGAUUUAGUAAUAUCAUGAUAAAUAAAAUCGGGUUUUCCCAUUUUAUACAAU